AUGCCUAAUCACAAAGUUGUGCACGAGGCCGCUAACGUGAAGGCGCACCACGCUCCCUCAGAGUUCUUCGAGAAACAGCCAAACAAGGGCUUCAUCAACGACUUGGAGCACUACAAGGAACUGCACAAGAAGUCCAUCGAGGACCCGGAAGGGUUCUUUGGCCCGCUGGCCAGGGAAUACCUCGACUGGCACAGACCGUUCGACAAGGUUGAGUCCGGCUCUCUGGAGAACGGUGACGUUGCCUGGUUCCUUAACGGUGAGCUGAACGCGUCCUACAACUGUGUGGAUAGACACGCGUUUGCCAACCCAGGUAAGACCGCUAUCAUCUACGAGGCGGACGAUGAAAAGGACAACAGAAUCAUCACGUUUGGUGAGCUGCUGAGACAGGUGAGCGAAGUUGCCGCGGUGCUCAAAUCGUGGGGAGUUAAGAAAGGUGACACCGUUGCUGUCUAUUUGCCUAUGAUUCCAGAGGCCGUAGUUGCCAUGCUUGCCGUUGCCAGACUCGGUGCCAUCCACUCUGUUGUGUUUGCUGGUUUCUCUGCUGGUUCUUUGAAAGAUCGUGUCGUUGACGCUGAUUCUCACUUCAUCAUCACGUGUGACGAAGGUAAGAGAGGUGGUAAGACCGUCCACACAAAGAAGAUUGUCGAUGAGGCCUUGAAAGAUACCGAUGUCGUGAAGAAGAUCCUCGUGUUCCAAAGAACAGGCUCAGAAGGCAUUCCAAUGAAAGCUGGCCGUGAUUACUGGUGGCAUCUGGAGACCAAGAAGAGCAGAGGCUACUUGCCUCCAACCCCAGUCAACUCUGAGGACCCACUCUUCCUGUUGUACACAUCUGGUUCCACUGGUUCACCAAAGGGUGUCGUCCACACAACGGCUGGUUACUUGCUCGGUGCCGCUUUAACCACAAGAUAUGUCUUUGACAUCCAUCCAGAGGAUAUUCUCUUCACUGCUGGUGAUGUCGGUUGGAUUACCGGUCAUACCUAUGCUCUCUAUGGUCCAUUGACUCUCGGUACCGCUACAAUCAUCUUUGAAUCUACCCCAGCUUAUCCAGAUUAUGGUAGAUACUGGAGAAUCAUUGAACGUCAUAAGGCUACCCACUUCUACGUUGCACCAACUGCAUUGAGAUUGAUCAAGAGAGUCGGUGAGGAUGAGAUUGACAAGUAUGACAUUUCAUCUCUGAGAACUUUGGGUUCUGUUGGUGAACCAAUCGCUCCAGAUCUUUGGGAGUGGUACCACGAGAAGAUUGGUAAGAACAAAGCCGUGAUCUGUGAUACGAUGUGGCAAACCGAAUCCGGUUCCCAUUUGAUUGCUCCUUUGGCUGGUGCAGUUCCAACCAAGCCAGGUUCAGCAACUGUUCCAUUCUUUGGUAUUGAUGCCUGUAUUAUUGAUCCAGUUAGUGGUAAGGAGCUCGAGGGCAAUGACGUGGAAGGUGUCCUUGCUGUCAAGAAGCCAUGGCCAUCAAUGGCUAGAUCUGUUUGGAACAACCAUGACAGAUACUUGGAGACUUACCUCAAGCCAUACCCAGGCUAUUAUUUCACUGGUGAUGGUGCUGGAAGAGACCAUGACGGUUACUACUGGAUUAGAGGCCGUGUCGAUGACGUUGUCAACGUCUCUGGUCAUAGAUUGUCCACUGCAGAGAUUGAGACCGCAUUGAGUGAUCACUUGGGAGUUUCUGAAUCUGCCGUUGUUGGUAUUCCAGAUGAACUCACUGGUCAAGCUGUCAUUGCAUUUGUCUCCUUGAAAGAUGGUUACUUAAUUCAAGCAAAUGACAAGAUUACCGACUCUAACGAACACAUUACCCCAGAUAAGCUUCGUCGUGAGUUGAUCUUGCAAGUUAGAGGUGAGAUUGGUCCAUUUGCUGGUCCAAAGACUGUUAUCAUCGUUGACGAUCUACCAAAGACCAGAUCCGGUAAGAUCAUGAGAAGAGUCUUGAGAAAGAUCACAUCUAAUGAGGCUGACCAAUUGGGAGAUUUGUCUACACUAAGUAACCCUGAAGUUGUUGAUCACAUUAUCAAAUCCGUUGACGAGCAGUACUUCAACUUGAUUAAGAAGUGA